AACCCGAGCGCGCGCAGGAGCCGCCGCCGCCCGCGUCUCCGUCGCCGCGCGCCUGAGCUACCGUCGCCGCCGCCGCCGCCGCAGCCGCGCGCCCUGCCCGGGGGCGCCCCCCGCCUCACUGCCCCCCAGCCCCAUGGAGGUCUCCGGGAGGAAGGCGCCGCCGCGCCCCCCGCGCCCCGCCGCCCCGCUGCCCCUGCUCGCCUAUCUGCUGGCGCUGGCGGCGCCCGGCCGGGGCGCGGACGAGCCCGUGUGGCGGUCCGAGCAAGCCAUCGGAGCCAUCGCGGUGAGCCGGGCUGACGGCGUUUUCGUGGCGAGCGGCAGCUGCCUGGACCAGCUGGACUACAGCCUGGAGCACCGGCUCUCGCGCCUGUACCGGGACCAGGCGGGCAACUGCACCGAGCCCGUCUCGCUGGCGCCCCCGGCGCGGCCCCGGCCGGGGAGCAGCUUCAGCAAGCUGCUGCUGCCCUACCGCGAGGGGGCGACGGGCCUCGAGGGGCUGCUGCUCACCGGCUGGACCUUCGACCGGGGCGCCUGCGAGGUGCGGCCCCUGCGCAACCUGAGCCGCAGCUCCCUGCGCAAUGGCACCGAGGUGGUGUCGUGCCACCCGCAGGGCUCGACGGCCGGCGUGGUGUACCGCGCCGCCUCGGCCAACCGCUGGUACCUGGCCGUGGCCGCCACCUACGUGCUGCCCGAGCCCGACACGGCCACCCGCUGCAACCCGGCGGCGUCCGAUCGCGCCACGGCCAUCGCGCUCAAGGACACGGAGGGGCGCAGCCUGGCCACCACGGAGCUGGGCCGCCUCAAGCUGCGCGACGCGGGGGGCAGCCUGCACUUCGUGGACGCCUUCCUCUGGAACGGGAGCGUCUACUUCCCCUACUACCCCUACAACUACACGAGCGGCGCCGCCACCGGCUGGCCCAGCAUGGCCCGCAUCGCGCAGAGCGCCGAGGUGCUGUUCCAGGGCCAGGUGGCCCUCGACUGCGGCCACGGCCACCCCGACGGCCGCCGCCUGCUCCUCUCCUCCAGCCUGGUGGAGGCCCUGGACGUCUGGGCGGGCGUGUUCAGUGCGGCCACCGGGGAGGGCCAGGAGAGGCGCUCCCCUGCCACCACGGCGCUCUGCCUCUUCAGGAUGAGUGAGAUCCAGGCGCGCGCCAAGAGCUGCAGCUGGGACUUCGAGACCACCGAGCCCAACUGCAAAGAAGGGGAUCAGCCUGAAAGAGUGAAGCCAAUCGCCGCAUCAACCCUGAUUCAUUCUGACCUGACGUCUGUUUAUGGCACCGUGGUAAUGAACAGGACCGUUUUAUUCCUGGGGACUGGAGAUGGCCAGUUACUUAAGGUUAUUCUUGGUGAGAAUUUGACGUCAAAUUGUCCGGAGGUUAUCUAUGAAAUUAAAGAAGAAACGCCCGUUUUCUACAGACUCGUUCCUCAUCCUAAAAAGAAUAUCUACAUCUAUCUAACAGCCGGGAAAGAGGUGAGGAGAGUCGAGGUCGCCAGUUGCAAGAAACGCCAGUCCUGCGUCCAGUGCCUUGCAGCUGGGGACCCUCACUGCGGCUGGUGCCACGCGCAGCAAAGGUGUACUUUUAAAGAAGAGUGUGCACAUUCAGAAAAUUCUGAAAACUGGCUAGAUAUCUCAUCUGGAGCUAAAGUGUGCCCUCAAAUUCACCUAUUUCGAAAAAGCAGAGAUAAGACUACUGUGGCUGUGGUGGGAAGCUUCUCUCCCAGACACUCUGAGUGCGUGGUGAAGAACGUGGACACGGGCAGGGAACUUUGCAAGGGGGAGAGCCCGCCCCACGGGAACUGUACCUGCAGCAUCCCCACUAGGAUAAUCUACAAAGAUGUUCUGGUUGUCGACGCGAUGUUCUUUGGUUCUUGGAAUUUAUCAAAACGAUUCAACUUCACCAACUGCUCAUCAGUACGAGAAUGCCCCAUCUGUACUGGGACGGGCUGUGCGUGGUGCAAGAGUGCGAGAAAGUGUAUUCACCCUUUUACCAACUGUGAUUCCUCCGAUUAUAAGUGGAACCAGGAGUUCUGUCCAGCUGCUGUGGAGAAGUGGACACCUGCCAGGGGCGCUGGCGGAGUGCGAACUAAGGAGAACAGGAGUAAUAGGACCAGUCUUGGCUUAAAGGUCUUCUCCAUUAAGUCCAUUGAGCCACAGAAAAUAUCCACGUUAGGAAAAAGUAAUGUGAUAGUCACUGGAGCAAACUUUACCCAAGCAUCUAACAUCACAAUGAUCUUGAAAGGAACCAGUACUUGUGAUAAGGAUGUGAUCCGGGUUAGCCAUGUGCUAAAUGAUACCCAUAUGAAAUUCUCCCUUCCGUCAAGCCGAAAAGAAAUGAAGGAUGUGUGCAUCCAGUUCGACGGCGGGAACUGCUCGUCCGUGGGGCACUUGUCUUACAUUGCUCUGCCACACUGUUCCCAUAUAUUUCCUGCUACCACCUGGGUCAGUGGUGGUCAGAAUAUAACCAUCGUGGGCAGAAAUUUUGAUGUAAUUGACAACCUAAUCAUUUCUCACGAGUUGAAAGGAAACAUAAAUGUCUCUGAACAUUGCACAGCGACUUACUGUCGAUUUUUAGCACCCGGUUUAAAAAGUUCAAAAGUCCGUACAAAUGUCAUGGUGAGGCUGAGGGUUCAGGAGACCUUCUUGAACUGUGGAAGCUUGCAGUAUCUGGAGGACCCCAAGUUCACAGGCUAUCGGGUUGACCCGGCUGUGGACACAGAACUGGAAGUCAAAAUUCAGAAAGAAAAUGAUAACUUUAACAUCUCCAAGAAAGACAUUGAAAUUACUCUCUUCCAUGGGGAAAAUGGGCAAUUAAAUUGCAGCUUUGAAAAUAUUACCCGGAAUCAAGAUCUCACCACCAUCUUCUGCAAAAUCAAAGGCAUAACGACCGCUAACAGCAUUGCCAGCACCUCCAAGAAAGUUCGGGUGAAGCUCGGGAACUUGGAGCGGUAUGUGGAUCGGGAGGCCAUGCCUACCACCUGGUAUUUCCUCAUCGUUCUGCCCGUCCUGCUCCUGAUUGUCAUCUUUGGGGCAGUGGUGGUGACCAGGUACAAAUCCAAGGAGCUCAGUCGCAAACAGAGCCAGCAGCUGGAGCUCCUGGAAAGUGAGCUCCGGAAAGAGAUCCGUGAUGGCUUUGCUGAGCUGCAGAUGGAUAAAUUGGAUGUGGUUGAUAGUUUUGGAACAGUUCCCUUCCUUGACUACAAACAUUUUGCUCUGAGAACUUUCUUCCCUGAGUCAGGUGGCUUCACACACAUCUUCACUGAAGAUAUGCAUAACAGAGAUGCAAAUGACAAGAAUGAAAGUCUCACCGCACUAGAUGCACUAAUUUGUAAUAAAAGUUUCCUUGUUACUGUCAUCCACACCCUUGAAAAGCAGAAGAACUUUUCAGUGAAAGACAGGUGUCUCUUUGCAUCCUUUUUAACCAUUGCCCUGCAAACUAAGCUGGUCUACCUGACCAGCAUCCUGGAGGUGUUGACCCGGGACCUGAUGGAACAGUCCAGUAACAUGCAGCCCAAGCUCAUGCUGAGACGCACAGAGUCUGUGGUGGAGAAGCUCCUCACAAACUGGAUGUCUGUCUGCCUUUCUGGGUUUCUUCGGGAGACUGUUGGAGAACCAUUCUAUUUGCUGGUGACAACUCUGAACCAGAAAAUAAACAAGGGCCCCGUGGAUGUUAUAACGUGCAAAGCCCUGUACACCCUCAAUGAAGAUUGGCUGCUAUGGCAGGUUCCAGAAUUCAACACUGUGGCAUUAAAUGUCGUCUUUGAAAAAAUCCCGGAACACGAGAGCGCAGACGUCUGUCGGAAUAUCUCUGUCAACGUUCUUGACUGUGACACCAUCGGCCAAGCAAAAGAAAAGAUUUUCCAAGCAUUCCUGAGCAAAAAUGGCUCUCCUUACGGACUUCAGCUGAACGAAAUUGGCCUUGAGCUUCAGGUAGGCACCCGGCAGAAAGAACUUCUGGAUAUUGACAGUUCCUCGGUGAUCCUUGAGGAUGGGAUAACCAAGCUAAACACCAUCGGGCACUAUGAGAUAUCAAAUGGAUCCACCAUAAAAGUCUUUAAGAAGAUAGCAAAUUUUACUUCAGAUGUGGAGUACACAGAGGACCACUGUCAUUUGAUCUUACCAGAUUCGGAAGCAUUCCAAGAUGUGCAAGGAAAGAGACAUCGAGGGAAGCACAAGUUCAAAGUAAAAGAAAUGUAUCUGACAAAGCUGCUGUCGACCAAGGUGGCAAUUCACUCCGUGCUGGAAAAACUUUUUAGAAGCAUCUGGAGUUUACCUAACAGCAGAGCCCCAUUUGCUAUAAAAUACUUUUUUGACUUUUUGGAUGCCCAGGCUGAAAACAAAAAAAUCACAGAUCCUGAUGUUGUCCAUAUUUGGAAAACUAACAGCCUCCCUCUUCGAUUCUGGGUCAACAUCCUGAAGAACCCCCAGUUUGUUUUUGACAUUAAGAAGACACCACACAUAGAUGGAUGUUUGUCAGUGAUCGCCCAGGCCUUCAUGGAUGCGUUUUCUCUCACGGAGCAGCAACUAGGGAAGGAAGCACCCACGAAUAAACUUCUCUAUGCCAAGGAUAUCCCGACCUACAAAGAGGAAGUAAAAUCUUAUUAUAAAGCAAUCAGGGAUUUGCCUCCAUUGUCAUCUUCAGAAAUGGAAGAAUUCUUAACUCAGGAAUCUAAGAAACAUGAAAAUGAAUUUAAUGAAGAAGUGGCCUUGACAGAAAUCUACAAAUACAUCGUAAAAUAUUUUGAUGAGAUUCUAAAUAAACUAGAAAGAGAACGAGGGCUGGAAGAAGCUCAGAAACAACUCUUGCAUGUAAAAGUCUUAUUUGAUGAAAAGAAGAAAUGCAAGUGGAUGUAAGCACUCUGGGCCCUGACUUAAUCUGGCAAAGUUCUUCAGACGACUUGGGAGCAAAAUGGCUGCUUGAGCUACUCUGUGUCGUUAAUUUUUUAAGUUUGCACAUAGGUUCCACUUUGAGCACUGUCUUUUUACAAGACCAAGGCACAUGCACAGCUUUCAGAAAGCAUACCAACCAUUGUGCCUGUUGUGUAUCCCAUGGGAACCCUCCUGUAAAUAGAGUUGAAGUGGUUGUUGCAACAGCCUCCUUGUUUACAGAGAAUACAGGGCCAGUAAGCAAGUGUCAGUAUUGGAUCGACAGCCUCCACUUAAGCACAAUGAUAUAAGUGGUUUUGUUUGAAAACUACAGCUAUGUAGCACUUGUGACUCCACUGCACCUCUGCAGGAAAGGGGCACUGCCAAUGAUCAGAAACAAAAUGUGAAACGCGUCGUUUGGAAACAAGGCAGGGGUGGUGAGGGCAACCUCGAGGAUUCACAGGUCGAAGCUCUCUCCAGUAGUUCUUGGAAGAGCUGACCGCAGAAUUUGGUAGUGUGUACACUUAGCAUUUGUGAGUGUGUGUGUUUAAACCAAAAACUAACAGUGUUGCAACAUUGUUGAAAGGGCUCGUGUUUUUCAGUGGUCAUCAACUGCACUUCAUCCUACACCUCCAUUUCACUCCCGAGCUCUAAAGCAAGGAGAGGGAGUAGGCAUUACUGAAAUGGAAUGUUUCACCACUUUGUCCUAAUAUAUCCUUUCCUAGAUUUUAUUUUUUCAUACUAAAUGUAUUUAAUAGUGGAUAUGUUGGCCAAUGUAAAAAAAAAAUCACUAGUUUAAAAACUUUGAUCAGAUCUGUGGAAGAGUAAACUCGUUUCCCUGUUCCUCCAUUUCUAUACUAGUGUCUCCUUGCUUUAGAUUUCUGGUGAACCCUGUGGUUUAUAAAUACUGUGUGUGAUUUUAAAAAAGAUACAUUUUACAUUUCAUGAGAUUGUUCACACUGGAGUAUUAUAUAUGAAUAUAUAUAUAUAUAUAUUUGAGGCCUAAGGCCUGAAAAAUAUUAGUAUACAACUUGGUAUCUUAGUCUUACUAUGUACUUUUUGAAAGUAUUCCUCACAGGAGAGAGAAUUUAAAAUACCCAUUUUAUUCAUGCCUUUCUUUUUAAAAAAAAAGUCCCUUAUCCAGUUAUAUUAUAUAGUCUUUUUAUUGCUGGUUUUUUAUUCCUGAAUUUUUGCUGCUCAUGACCAAUUUUAAUACCACUGUGUUUUCCUUCUAUUAAGCCAGAAGUAAAAUCACUAAUUGGCAACUCUCAAACUUUCCUUGUGGCACCUUUUACCCUUGGUGCUCGAAAUCCCAGAAAAAGAAAUUUUUUUCUCAAGUAGCAAAACACUGAUCACACAUUCCUUAAAAAUCACUUCUCAACACUGUACAGCAUAUCGGGAUUUCAAUGUGAAUUUGUCAUCAAUGAAAUUCUUCUCGUACCACAAUAUCUGGUAGAGGUGAUGCCUCAACAAACCGAUCAGAGAAACAAGCAGUUACUGCCCCGGCAGGCACCUUCCCAAGCCCUUUGCUACUGACCAUUGUCUGUCCAAUGGACACACCUCAAAAAUACUACCAAAUAGGUUCCUUACAGAUAUAAAGGUGAACGAUCUGGUCCCUCCUAAGGCUACUUCAGCCUUGACGUGAAGGCAUUCCUAAACGAUCUAUUGUAGGAGAGUUGGGAGCCAAGGGUAGGAGAGUUGCCCAAAGGUCUUCCCCUUCUUUAGGGUACAAAAAUGCUCAGAAAACUCAAAGGAUCAGCUACAGCUUUAUCUCCGUAUUUAGAGUCGAUGCUACAUGAGGGUGUCCCUGUCCAGCUCUCUGGCGCAGAGCCCAGUAUGGAAACUGACCUCCUCUUCCAGGGACUGUGCUGCUGGGAACUUUGGGCAAGUCACUUACCUCUUUGUGCCUCAAUUUCUGUAUAAUAUUUCUAACCUACCUCACUGAGGUGGUGUGAAGAUUCACUAAUGUAUGUAGCGUGUUUGUCAAUCCUCCAGUGAAGAGCACUAUCUAGAUCACAUUAGCCAAACACAGGAAAUGGCCAAAUUAGAUGUGUGCUGAAGACAAUCAGUCACUGGCUCUACAGUCAACAGCAACCAGAGAAACAAAUGACAAACAAUUUCUAUUUUCAAGUUUUUUUGCCUAUUUUUUUGGUGCAAAACAAUUCAUUUAUAAACUUUUUUUUUCCUAACACUAGUGUCUACAGCAGCAUUUAAAAAUUAAUUCUGUUACCUUUUCCGUAUUAGGGAUUUAAAGUCUAUUUCUUAUUGUAUACCUGAUUGAAGCUGUUCUUGGAGAUGAAUGUUUUAAAUGUCUAUAUCCAAAAAAUAAACAUUUUGAUGUAAAAUGUG